AAGGUCGCUGAAACGGGUCCAGGAGGCUGAAGGACUGUGAAUGUGACUUUCUUGUUGUUGGGAUGGGGAGACCCAUCUCUAAGGAGCCUCCAUCAAAGGGCUCCUGGGUCACACCAUCAUCGUGAGACUCUGUGUUUGUCUGGAGCACUCACCCCCAGGCUCCUCCUCAAGCCAGGGAGCCCCUUUCCUAGCAUCCUCAUCAAGGUCACCUGACUCCAGCAGGGGCCAAACCCCUGGGCAACGCCAAGAGCCUCCCGGCCUCAAACAAGUUGGGCGACAUUCACUUCCUGGCGCUGUCCUCCCGACCUGCUCAGUCAUUAGGAAAUGCCCUGGCGGCGGCGGCUGUCCCAGUGACAGCAGCAGGAGGACGUGCCGCCUGCCUGACACCUCUGGGUGGCUCAGAUCUGCUCUGCGGAGGCCCUGGGUGGAAGGUGGAUGCUGCUCGCCUUGGUCCUGGCCAGAGCUGGGCACCAGUGGCUCUUGGCCAUUUCCAAAAUACCAGACACGUUCUUGAAGGAUGAAACUCUGCCUUCACAGAGGUUGACCUGAAGGUUCUCUCGCUGCCUCGGGCAGGCCUCUGAGAAGAAUCUGAAGGAUGACUGAGCUGUGGCGGGCAGAGGAAUGAGCCCGCAGCUCCCUGACGUGACUGCGUGGCGGACUAGUGGGCAUUUGGAUGUCUAGGGCCCUGCCCUCCCGGAGCGGCCAUGUCCGAGGCGGAGAGCAAGGACAGCUCGGGCAGCGAGUGCCCCGUGUGCUACGAGAAGUUCCGCGAUCUGGAGGGCGCCAGCCGGACGCUGAGCUGUGGCCAUGUGUUCUGCCAUGACUGCCUCGUCAAGUACCUGCUGUCCACCCGCGUGGACGGGCAGGUCCAGAGGACCAUCGUCUGCCCCAUCUGCCGCUAUGUCACCUUCCUCAGCAAGAAGAGCUCCCGCUGGCCCUCCAUGCUGGACAAGAGCUCCCAGACCCUGGCCGUGCCCGUGGGCCUGCCCCCAGUGCCACCACCGGAUGCCCUGGGCCACACCAACCCCCUGACCGUCUCCCAACCUGUUUGGAGGCCGUCCCCAAGUCAGGGUGGCCAGCUGCCCUUGGACCUGCCGCCCGGCCUGCCCCGGGAGCCGCAGAUCUUUAUCAUCAGCCGCCACGGGAUGCCCCUGGGGGAGCAGGACAGCAUCCUGCCGCGGCGCAGCCUAGCUGAGCUCUCGGAGGCCUCCCCGGCGCCCAGCUCCACCCGGUCGUUCUGCUGCCGCUCCCGGGCCCUCCUGCUCAUCACCCUCAUCACCGUGGUGGCCGUGGUAGCCGCCAUCCUGCCCUGGGUGCUGCUGGUGAGGAAGCAGGCAUGAGCAGAGGCACCUGUGGGGGCCACCGAGCCAGGCUUGGCCUGAGAGCUGCUCUGGCACAGCCAGGCUGGAGGGGUCUGGCGCAGCCCUGGUCCAGGGGCGGCCCGGGGCAUCUCCCCACCUCGGGCUCCUCGCUCCCAGAGGGGCUCAGACACGACAAGGGGCAGGAUUGCCGAGGCCAGAGCUGAGCUGAGCAGCUGAGCUGCAGGCUGAAAUGGAAAUGCCAGGUUCCAGGCCAAGGAGGAAAACGUGACGGCCAGCCUUGGCAGGUACCUCCUCUUUCCCCUAGGCUAGAACUGAGCAAAGUAGGAAGAUGGGUGCUACCCCUCAGUGGGCUCCCCGGCCCGGAGGUGUGGCCCUUAUCUGCCAAGUGACCCACCUGAGGCCAGGUAGGGCUCCGUGCGGGGACAAGGAAGUCCUGAUGACACAUCCUGCCAGAUGGGGGCCCACUGGCAGGACUCCUCAGGUCAGAAUGCCCACGCAGCGUCCUCCAGCUUGCGCCCAGGGACAAACAGAGGGGGUGGCACUGGGGCUGAAGGCACUUGCGUUCCCCCGAAUCUCAGCAUCCACCUAUGACCCUCACAGCUGGGCACCUGCCACCUUCCCGCCCCCAAAUCACCCGCCUGGAAGGUCUUCCCCGAGGGAGAUGCUGAUCUCAGAGGCUGCGGCCCAGGAUUCCCGGGGGAAGUAACAGAAAAGGGGAGCUGAGGCCAUGUCAGGAAUUGGGGUUUGCUGACAGAAGCCGAAGGCUAGAAGAAUGACCACAGAGCCAGAGGUCGGUCUCCCCAAGCCUCCCAGGCCCAAAAAUGGUCCAAAGUUUGAGUGCUGGGGUUCUCAAGGAUGGCCUGCAAGGUGGGGAGUGCAGGGGAAGCCUGGUGGCCAGGGCUUGAGUCAGCCGAGAACUAUGUGGGCAAACACAGCCCUGGGGGCUCCUGCUUCCCUCCCAGCCCAGGUCCUCCUCCUCAUGACCAACCACUCAUUCAUGAGAGGCCAUACCAGCUGGGCCAGUUCGAGGUGGAUUCCCAGGCUGGGCUGGGCAAGGAAGGGUGGGGAAGGGAACAGCUGUGCUUGACAGGGACGCGGCUGACUCGGUGACCACCAGAGCCCAGGUGCUGUCGGCAGCCAGCCAGGGCCUCUUCACCUGGGGACCCCACCCUGGACCUUCAUCCUUCAUGAGGACCUUGGAAAAAUCUCAGGUUGGGUCUGGGGAGCAAGCCAUUCGGGACAGCUGUUUCCUGUUUAUUAAGGCCCAUAAGUCAAUGAGCCAUCAUAAUUUUCGGAUUAAGAACAGCAAAAACCUCAAGCUCUUCUCUCAAACAGGUGGUUGUUGGCAGCCCAGGUGUGCCAACAGCUAAGCCCUCUUCAACCCACACCUCUCUCGGCAAAGUUUGCUGACUGUCGGGAGAGAAAUGGUGCCCCGCCUCUCACCUCGUUCCUAAAAGCCUGCAGUGGUGGUUAUGUGGGGACCCCCAGGGGAUGGGAGCCACGCUACAGGGGACUUCUGGACACAAGAGGGCUGAUAGAAAGCACUUUCGGGCUUCCCUGUGCUCUCUUCACAACUAGAGAAGAGCACAGGUGCUACUGGGGGGACCCAGGCGGAUUCAUGGGGGAAAUAUUUAUUAUAGGAAUUAAAAUGUUAAAUUUACAAAGACUCUAGUGAGUCCAUUUUAACCACAACCAGGCUGCUUUAAACACUUCUAUGAAUUUCUAGGGACCUGAUUUUAGUCUUUGCAGAUUCCACUGUGUUUGCCAAAAGUGGAUUCCAAAAUACCUGUAGUGUUUUCAUGUUGUUCAGCGGUGACUUGUCAAUGGCACUUCUUUUAUUUUCAACGAAUGUUAAGAGCUAUUUUUUAAAUAAAGGUAUAUAUUUUCUCAAAGAUUCCAGAGACAUUGCAAAUGUGGGUGGGAAGCACUGAGCUGAUGAAAAAAACAGUCACUAAAGGUGCAGGGACAUUAUGCGGCUGUAAAAAGAACAAGGAAAGUCUCCAGGAUCCAACAGCCAAUGGGAGAAGGCAAAGCGUGGAAACUGGGUAUCAGAUACAGUUUGUGUGUAAAAGUAGGGGAAUGAGACUUUGCAUUCCAGUUUGCUUAUUUGUCCAUAAAGCAAUUGGAAAGAUAUUAAAAAAAAAAACAAAACCAGUAACAGUGAUGAACUGUGGAAGGGG